CACCUGAUCCCGAUCGCAACUGCGAACUACUAUGAAUCGCUGCAUCAAUGUCUCUAAACUCCAAGGAUACCUUGCUCAAGGCGCUACAACUGUCGCCUGACCUUAACGAUGAGGCAAUUGGCAGAGACAUCUCCGCCAUAAUAACAGUUGCGGUUGACGAUGAAACACACCAGCCAUCUCUCAAGACUGUAUACGAUAAUAUUCUUCAAUAUAAUGGGGGUCCGGCCCUUCUUGAACCCCUCGACGUCCUGCCUGAUCUCCUUCGGUGCCACCGUAAAGAGGCUGUUGACCUCAUUAGCUUGAUUUCUGAAAACAGCAGCCCGAAGGAGGUGUUGAUUGUCAUCCAGGAAACUCUGGAACAGCUAACCCAGCUAGCCCGUGAAGAUGAAGAUGAAGAUGAAGAUGAAGCUGAAGAGGAGCAUGUUCCUGGAUCUGUCCAGUGCCUUAUCAACGUUAUCAUGUUGUCUACAAAAUCUGUACCUAGAUUAACUCUUGGAAAGAGGACUGCGCUGAGCGUAGUCUCACCCUUGGUUUCCGGUGUUAGUUUAGCGGUUUCUUCGCUAGGAAGUCACUUCACGCGGGAUAGUGGGCGUUCAUUACUUGCAGGGGUCUCUGGCAUGUCGGAGGCAUUCUACACAUGGAUCUUCAAAACAGGCAGCGAAGCGAAUAUUGCGGAGGCGAGGAAAAUUAUCAGAUUACUUCUGGACACGACUGUUUUGGCUUGUGCACCGUGUAUCAGGGCAUCGCUAUGUGCCAGAGCUUUCGAGAUGCACUAUCCUCGUCUUACACUGUCUUCUGCAAUCGAACCCGAGUGGCAAGAAGGGGAACAGGCCAUUCUGAGCGUACUGACUACCCUUCGGGUAAUGACCCUGUCACCACAGGAUGUCUUGGAUAAUCCGACAAUGAGUUCUUUGGUUAUACUUGCUCACGAACAACAAAACUAUCCCCUACCAAAAGAUCUAUCCUCCAAGUUGCAUUCGAUGCUCAUGACUUCAAUUCAAAUGAAUUUCGCUCUCGAUGAGUCUCUCUUCCUUAUCUUUCGCUGCGUUACGCAAGAUCGCACACAGCCCGAGCCCGACUUCCCACCUGACCUUGCCACGUCGCUAUGCAUAGUUCUUCCCGCUUUGGCAAGCACGCAUCUUGACCCAUUCGUCAGGCAUUUCAGUCUUCGACUGAUUGCACUUAUUCUUGCGCAACUGCCAUCUGUGUUACAACAACAGAUCUUGAUAACCCUAGCAUCUGAUACGGAGUUUCCUCAGAUGCGGGCGGCCGCCAUUGGUCUUCUUAAGGGAUUCGUUCUAGAAGCACUGCAGGUCCCCACACCGUCAGGAGAACCAAACGUAUUUGCGUCACCACUGCUCAUAAGAUCCUUCGGACCGAUCCUGUUCAGGACGAUGCCGUCUGAUUAUUUGUCGACGGUCCAGGUGGCUGGCGAUAUUGAGAAAUCCUUGGAGCCCUCUCGGAUCGCAGAGGUGCUAUCAUUUUACUACGUAUUACUGCAAAGGGACAGGGACAACAAGACCGGUAUACGAGACCCGGAUAACAUCGCGAGCGUAGAAUCGUCAUUACUGCGGCCUUUGCGCUCUUUUCUAGAAAAGUGGUCGAACGCUAAGCCUGUUCUUUCUUUAAUCUCCCUGCAGAUUGGACUGGAAAGAAUAGACUAUGCCAAGACUAUGCUGUACAGAUCAUCCGAAGCCGGCAAUUAUGUAACGCACUAGGCCACACUAGGUCGCCGAGUGGAGUGCCCGGGAUAAUGAACGCUGCGCUGGCCGUUACUGCAGUCCGCGAACGCUAGUGAAAAUCUCUGGAGGGAACUUUCGGAUUGGACGCCAGUUGUCCGUUGUACGUUAAUGUUGAAACAUAGAAAGUAGGCACCGCUGGCCAAGGUUACGUUCAGACAUUCGGCUCAUCACAAAGCGUCCAAAUCAGUUUAUUCCCGUCAGAAUAAUCUGUAAUAAGUACCCCCCUUACAGAUUUAA